AUGAGCAACUACGUUCAACUCGAGAAACUCGGUGAGGGUACCUAUGCCACUGUCUUCAAGGGACGUUCACGCACGACCAAUGAAAUCGUCGCACUCAAGGAGAUCCAUCUCGAUGCGGAAGAAGGCACACCAUCGACGGCCAUUCGCGAGAUCUCGCUCAUGAAGGAACUUAAGCAUGUCAAUAUCGUCCGUUUACAUGAUGUCAUCCACACCGAAACCAAGCUCGUUCUCAUCUUCGAGUACUGCGAGCAAGAUCUUAAGAAGUACAUGGAUACACAUGGCGAACGUGGUGCACUCGACCCGAACACUGUGCGCAGUUUCAUGUACCAAUUGCUCAAGGGCACCGCAUUUUGCCACGACAAUCGUGUGCUUCACCGUGACCUGAAACCCCAGAACUUGCUCAUUAAUCGCAAAGGCGAGCUCAAGCUCGGCGAUUUUGGUCUUGCGAGAGCAUUUGGUGUGCCAGUCAACACGUUCUCAAAUGAGGUCGUCACCCUGUGGUACCGCGCUCCAGACGUACUGCUCGGUUCUCGGACGUACAAUACGUCAAUCGACGUCUGGUCUUGUGGAUGUAUUUUCGCGGAGAUGAUCACUGGUGUACCCCUAUUCCGCGGGCGCGAUAACCAGGACCAACUGCUGAACAUUAUGAGGAUCAUUGGGACUCCCGAUGAACGGGUACUCCGUAAAAUUGCGGCUGACUCGCCCGAGAUCCAGCUCAAGCAGUACCCGAGAUACCCCAAGGUUCCCUGGCAGCAAGUCGUUCCCAAGGCCACUCCCCAAGGUUUGUGCAUAUCGCAUACAAUCGCCGGGCUCCUAUCUCAAUCAUUUGUUAUUCACAGCGAUCGAUCUCCUCGAACGCCUCUGCAAUUCGACCCAACCAAGCGUAUCACUGCCCAAGAGCUCUUUCUCACCCAUACUUUACAACUCCCUCUAGCGCUCCAUGUUCAACCAGCCGCAAUUUGCGUACCCCAACAGGCAGCUGAUCAUGCAUUCCCAACCCAGAUGGCUGACGCUCGUCAACAGCAACAACAGCAACUGGCGUAUCAACAGCAGCAGAUGCAGCAGCAAAUGCAACAGAGCGGACCCCCUAACCAGUACUACACGCCUUCGGGGCAGUACACUCAACAAUACGGGCAGGGUCGUUAA